GAGUAAUGGCUAUUCAUUUAGAGAACAUUAAAAAAUAUGUUUUCUACCCUUUAAUCCAAGCUCGGGUAUGUCGUGUUUGGAUUCCAAAACAAAAUGGACAAGCAACUAACUUUAAUUGUCUAUUUGUUAAUCGCAAGGGUGAUGCAAUACAAGGAUCAGCCAAAACUAGAGAUGCUGGACAUUUUGCUUCAAUCAUUACUGAAGGUGACUAUUAUGAAGUGAAAAAUUUCUACACCUUUGAAAAUCAAUACAUGAAUAUUGUUGUUAGCCAUGAAGUUGUUAUUGAUCUUAAGUCUGACACCAAAGUUACUCACCUCGAUUCUGUCCCACUUUCCAUUCCACGAUAUUACUUUAAUUUCACUGAUUUCACACAUGUCCUUAAGAAAGGAAAAGAAUCACAACUUCUCACAGAUGUUCUUAGUAGACUAAAGGCAAUACAAUCGAUUGAGAAGAUUUUGGUUUGA